AUGGCCGGGGGCCGGGGGUCCUGCCCGCCCCUGCCCGCACCGCUGCCCGCACCGCUGGGGCUCUGCCUGUGCCUCUGCCUGCUGCUGCCGCUGCCCGCGGCCGCCUGGAGCCCGGCCCUGCUGCCGCCCGCCUCCCGCAGCAACUGGUGCUCCUACACGGUGACACGGACGGUGUCCUGCCACGUCCACAACGGCACCUUCCUCCAGAGGGUCUUCCAGGGCUGCCGCUGGCCCCUGGCCUGCAGCGGGGGCAGCUACCGCGCCGUGGUGCGGCCCCUCUACAGGGUGACCUACAGGACACUGACGGCCCUGGAGUGGAGGUGCUGCCCCGGCCACGCCGGAGCCAACUGCGAGGAAG